GGUCAGCCUGGUACUUCCGGCACUCCUGGCACUCCUGGCCAGCCCGGCACCCCUAGCCAGCCUGGCACUUCCGGUACCCCGGGUCAGCCUGGCACUUCUGGUACCCCCGGUCAGCCGUCCGGCGGUAACUGCCCGGUGGACUCGGACUUGCAUGGCGAGUAUGAGUACCCUCACCUGAUCGUCCCCGUGGACUCCUCGUCUCCCGACGAGGCAUUCGGCACCCAGUUCAACGGCACGGUGUCGUCGACCAUCUCGACCAUCUUCAACUUCGACGUGCCGCAGUCGGAUGCCGGCAAGACGUGCAACCUCGUUUUCCUGUUCCCCCACCUGGAGGAUCUCGAGACGUCCUCGUACAGCUUCAGCGGCGACGGCAAGGUCGACUUCGCGUCCCUGUCGUCGGCAGCGUCCGAGUCGGUGACCUACAGCGACAAGCCGUCGGUGAAGCAGGAGCUGGGCAGCAAGACGAUCGCGCCGGGCAACUCGUACAUGAUCUCCAGCUUCUCGUGCCCCGCGGGACAGGCGGUCAGCUACGAGAUGAAGAGUGGGGGCAGCACCGAUCUGGAGUUCUUCCAGGACUACAACCCUGCACCGUAUGUUCCUUCCCUCACGAUCUAUACAUUGGAUGACGCGCUAACAUACUCUAGUCUCGGCCUGUACAUCACGGUCUGCUAAACGAAUCAAGCCGGUUGGGGAAGUCCCCAACGCGACGCGGACAUGACUCAUGGACCCCACUCUGUUGAUGACAAUCAUCUUUUCUUUGUUUCUAUUUCUUCUCUUUCUUUCUUUUUUCCGUAUGAAUUUUAGUACAUGACGAAAUAAGUCUUUCUUUCUGUUUGUGAAAAGUCCGGCAUGGACGGUGGAUGUGGAAGAUCAGAUUGGAAGACUGGAAGGGUCCUCAAUAUGAUCCUAAUGUGGGGUAUUAGAAUGAGCCAGAAGAAAAAAAGAGUAUUGUUCGUAUAGUUCUUCAUCCAGAUAUGUGUACAUAUAGGUUAAUAGUCGGGCUGGAUAACUAUGGGUCCCACGUUUCAGGCACCCGCGCCACCCGUGGUCCAGCCGCCUGAGGCCCAGGGGCAGCUUGAAG